GGACGUACCAAUAAAAUGUCAAAAUAAACGUGACAUAAUUACGAUCGCGCUGCGCAGUAUUUUGUUUUUAUAUUAAAUUCCGAUUGAAUUAUAACAUUAAUUAAUGGUGUUUGUUUAUGUAAGCAUUUAAUUAAAAAGUAUACUAUCAUGUCUUACGCAUUAAUCUGUCAUAUACGCCGUGCGGCGUUAAUAUCACAUCAAAUUCGUGCAGAGAGUACUUUGACCAAUAUGACUCAAGAAGAUUUCGUAUUUCGCCCUCCUUUGGCACACUGGAGCAAAGUUAUAAGAGAAGCUGAAAAAAUAGUGGGAUAUCCGACCUCUUUUAUGAACUUGCGAUGGCUUCUAAGUGACGAAUUUGCAAAUCUGGCGAUGCAUUUACGCAAAGUUGUUGACACCAAUCAUCCAAUAAUAAAAACAGCCAAGACAUUAUUAUACAAUGAGCACAACAACCAGCAGCCCUGGGGCCUGGUCAUAUUGCUGUUAUCCAAAGCUGUAACACCCGCCACCACAUCCAUACAAACAAGCAAAAUCACUGAAAACCAGAGAGUACUGGCCGAAUUGACAGAAAUGAUUCGUACUGGCCACUAUGUACACAGAGGACUGCUUAACAUUAGCAUAGAGAAAAGACUCCAAAUAGAAGAUACGGCAAUGUUCGCAAAUAAAAUUGCAAUACUCAUUGGUGACUACUUGCUUGUUACUGCUAACGGGAUGCUGGCACGAUUAAAGAACCAGGACUUAUCAUAUUUAAUAUCAACAGCAUUGAGGGAUGUGAGCGAGGGGGAAUUUUUCGGGCAAAGAGAUUCACAAAACAUGCCCUUACCUGGCAUUCCGACGUAUUGUGAUAACGAUGAAUUCCUUAUUUGUACAGAUACACUUCCAUUGGAUGUGAGAGAUACAUUAGGGUUUCCAAUCAGGGAGUGGACAUUACGGACUUUAUACGGUGGUGGGACGUUGCUGGGGCGAGGUUGUCAGGGAGCUAUGUUACUAGGAGGCCAGGAGCUACAUAAGCAGGAGAAAGCCUAUCUAUUCGGUUGCCACCUGUGUUUAGCGUGGCAAGCGGCCAGUGAUAUACAAAAGUUCACUACAGAAAACAAAGAACCAUUCUCUUUAGUAAGUGCACCAGUGCUAUUUGCGUUAAACGAAAAUCCUGAAUUAUAUAAUUUUAUACAAAAAAGUAGAUUGAAUGUAAGCGAAAUAGAUUAUGAAGAGUUAAAAGAUAGAGUAUUACAAACCAGUGCACUAGAAAGAACAAAAGAAUUAUAUUUAGACAAUGUAAAUAAAGCAAACAGUCACAUACAAGUAUUUGGCGAGAGUCAACCUAUAAAUACUGUAAAACGGUUAAUAAAGACAUUGUAACAUAAUAUUUUUAUGUAAACCAACAAACUUUGUGUUUGGAUUUACAUAAAUUAAUGUAUUAACAUAAUUUUGUGUUAACAAUGGAAUGCUUGAGUAAUGUAUGAGAAAGUACAUACUAAUUUGUAAACAAUCCAAAUAGUUCGUACGACGCAACAUUGGUUUAACAGCAUAACCUUUUGUAAAAUUAUGCAACUUAUUUAACAGUAAUUAUGGAAUAUGCAUCACGCAUCGAUCUCAUACAAUAUUAAUGAGUUUUUAAGGUCACGGAAAUAAGAAGAUAUGAAUGUCACUCGUAAAGUUCUGUGUCUAUUCUACUUGUUAAAAAUAAUGUAUUUGACGUAUUUAGCGUGACAAUUAAAUUGUAACGCUGUAAGAAAAUAUCUACUUGAAAAGAAAAUAAUGAUCCUAGUUUUAGAAACUUAUUGAUUAUUAGGAAAACAGGUAAGGCAAAUAAGACAUAUAAUAACAUUUCCUUGGAAUCAUAUCUCCCAUUUCGGUCACCCAAAGUUUUUUAUUGAAAUGUUUUGAAGCAUUUAUAAUUUUUGUUUGUGUACAGGGAGUUUAAAUAUAUAAAAUUUGUUA